UCCAACGCUGUCUUCAAUUACUUUGAUACUAUUUCAUAAACCCUCGCCGGACCUUAAACCCUCCGAUUACCUUUGUCCUAAAAUCCUCUCUCUUGCUAUGGCAGCGACUCCUACAAUUGAGUAUGUCAAUCACAUUGAGUCUUACGUUAGCUCUUCCAGCUCUCCUGCACAGCAGGCGGCAAGCAUUGAUGCAAUUGCUCUUCUUCUAAAAAAUGACUUGUUAACUUUAGAAGUCUUGGUUAGAGAAAUGGAGAUGUAUUUGACCACUACAGAUAAUAUCAUUCGUUCAAGAGGUAUCCUCUUACUUGGAGAACUAUUGAUGCGACUAAUAUUGAAGCCCUUGGGUGAUACUGCAAUAAGCAGCUUAGUGGAAUUCUUCACAGAGAGGCUGGCAGACUGGAAAGCGUUGCAUGGUGCCCUUGUUGGUUGUUUGGCUCUGCUAAGGAGGAAAAGUGAUGCUGGCAUGAUCAAUAAGAGUCAAGCAAAGGCCGUUGCGCAGUCUUAUCUACAAAACCUGCAGGUGCAGUUAUUGGGACUGCAAGACAGGAAGCUUUGUCUUCAACUAUUGGAAUGCCUAUUGGAUUGUUAUCCGGAUGCCCUUUUGUCACUGGGUGAUGAUCUUGUAUAUGGAAUCUGUGAAGCUAUUGAUGGUGAAAAGGACCCACAAUGCUUGAUGCUCGUAUUUCGUGUAGUUGAAGUUCUGGCACAAUUAUUUCCCGAAUCUUCUGGCCCAUUGGCGAAUUUUGCAGGGGAUCUGUUCGAUAUUUUGGGAUGUUACUUUCCUAUCCAUUUUACCCAUCCUAAAGGUGAUGAAAUUGAUGUAAAGAGGGAGGAACUCUCUAGAGCCCUAAUGCUGGCGUUUGCUUCCACGCCACUUUUUGAACCCUCAGCCAUUCCAUUACUUCUUGAAAAACUAUCUUCUUCUCUGCCAUCAGCAAAGGUGGAAUCUUUUAAGUACCUUAGCUACUGCACAUUGAAAUAUGGAGGAGAUAGAAUGGAAAAAUACACUGAAUCCCUUUGGUCUGCAUUAAAAGAUGCAAUAUUUACUUGCCCGCACUCCAUUUUGUCAGUGGAUUCCAAUACAAUAGAUGGAAUAGGUUUUCAUGAGAGUGAAAUUAUGGCGCAGGCCCUUGAACUUCUUCAGGUGCUUGUUCGGCAGCAUAAUGCGUCAUUCUUAAAUUUGAUUCUGGGUGAUGGGGACAUAAGCACAUUUGUAAAUUCCUUUUCCCAGUUUGACGAUUUCAAUAGUCUUUCUUCUGAAUACAAGCAGAGAUUACAUGCAGUUGCUCGUAUUCUUUCUGUUUGUGUUAAAUCUUCUGGGUCUUCCUGCAAUAAAGUUUUUGAAAGUUUCUUUCCUCGGUUGGUGGAUGCUUUAAGGCUCUCGGUUGAAAAUUCCCCCGAGGCUAUUCAUUCAGCUUUGGAUGCAAAAUUUAACUUCGGAGCCUUGUAUCUUUGUGUCGAACUCCUUGCUGCAUGCAGACAGCUGGUAGUCAGCUCCGAUAAAGUCGCUUCAGCUCCGGAUCUAUCGCAUGACACUUGGUGCCAGAUACUUCAUAGUUUCUCCAUAUCAUUAUGCAGUGUUUUCUUUUGUCUCAUUCGAGCAAGUUGUGCUGAAAGCACUUGGAAUGCUUAUGUUUAUGCAGCAGUUAAAGGUUUGGAGAUCUUGGCUACAUUUCCUGGAAGCUUUAUUUCAGCGUCAAAGUUCAUGUAUGAGAAAAUCCUGCUGACUUUGAUGUCAAUCAUUGAAUCUGAUUUCAACAAGACGUUUCUAUGGAAGGCAGCGUUGAAAGUUUUAGUGGAAAUCAGCUUGUUUGUCAAUAAGUAUGACGAGGAUGUAAAGGCAGCUAGCUUUAACAGUAUUGUCAUGCAAAAGAUUGUUUCUCUAAUUUCUUCGGGUGACUUAAAUAUGCCGCUAUCACUCAAGCUACAGGCCAUUUUUGACAUUGGAAUGACCAGGAAGACUUUCAUGCUUGCUGCUGCAAGCCAAUUGGAGAAGACUAUAUCUGCCAACUUAUCUGAGAUUUUUGUCCAUGGAAAUCUGCAGUUAGCUGAACUGACAGCUGUGCUUUUGGAAUGUUAUUCGAUUAAGGUACUUCCAUGGUUCCAUUGCAAUGGAGGUGCAGACGAAGUCUCUUUGAAUCUUGCAGUUAAUAUUUUUGCUAAAAUGGAAAAUAUCACAUCUUUGAGCCUAGGAGUAAAGGGAAAUGAGUUUCUGGACGCAACAAUGGCUGCAAUGAAGCAAGCUGUGGCAGGCUGUUCAGUGGAAAGCCAGGUAAAGGUUCUUCGGAAAGCUCUUGAUGUGAUGGCAACAUGCUCCUUAUUCCUAUCCAAGGAUUUGAUUCUAGGAACCAAUCGCUUUAACAAGAAAAGUCAACUUUGUCAGACUUUUGAUGGUUUGUCUUGUCGAGACGAAUGGAUUACUUCACUCUUCGCAUCAGUUGUAAUUGCGUUGCAUCCUCAAACUCGAAUACCAAAUAUAAGACUGUUAUUACAGUUGUUGACAACGACUCUCCUUGAAGGUCAUUUACCGUCAGCUCAGGCCCUGGGGUCUUUGGUUAACAAACUUCCUGUAAAUAUAUCAGAAGACUGUAGUCUCGAAGAAGUUAUUGAUAUGUUAUUCAAGAAUGAGAUGUGGUGCAACAUUAUUAUUGGGAAAGAGGGCAGUGAUGGUGGUGCUGUUAAUAUGGGUAACCCGAGAAUAAGCAGUAUGAAUAGUCAUGCUGUUAUUGGAUUAGCAUGGAUAGGGAAAGGUUUGCUUAUGCGAGGUCAUGAGAAGCUAAAAGAUGUGACUAUGACUUUCUUGAGUUACUUAGUUUCAAGUGGACAUAACGGAAAUUUGCUGCCUUUCAAGGAUCAAAUGAAAGAUGGCGCAGAGCAUGAAGUGCUUUGUCUCAGAAAAUCAGCUGCAGAUGCAUUUCAUAUUCUUAUGAGCGACUCUGAUGCUUGUUUGAACAGGAAUUAUCAUGCAAUCAUUCGCCCACUCUACAAGCAACGGUUUUUCAACAUUAUGUUGCCUAUGUUCUUAUCUGCAAUAGUAAAAUGUGACUCAUCCACUACACGGUGUUUUCUCUAUCAAGCUUUCGCACACCUGAUAUCAGAAACUCCUCUUGCUGCUAUUGUUGGUGAUGCCAAAAAGGUCCUUCCUGUACUUUUAGAUUGCUUUCUUAUGUUAAGCAAGGAUGUCUCUCAUAAGGAGAUAAUUUACAGUGUCAUAAUAGUUCUCUCCGGAAUAAUAACAGAUAAAAAUGGACAAGAAGCUAUUGUAGAAAAUGCGCCCACAGUUAUCUGCCGACUUACUGAGCUCACAUCCUAUCCCCAUAUGAUGGUGAUUCGAGAGACUGCAAUUCAGUGCCUUGCUGCCAUGUCAGAGUUGCCGUAUGCAAGGAUAUACCCCAUGAGAACACAGGUGUUGCAAGCAUUAUCCAAAGCUCUUGAUGAUACAAAGAGGGUCGUUCGUCAAGAGGCAGUGAAAUGUCGGCAAGCUUGGGCUUCAAUUGCAUCAAGGAGUUUGCACUUCUGAAAGCAUGCAGAAGACUUCCUUGAAAACCCGGUUGGGAUCGUAUAGCCAAGCAGGCUUCAGACUACAUUCAUGUGUUGCAUCCUUGCAGAUGGUACACCCUCUUGCUUCUGCUUGUACAGCAGCUUCUUGCUUCUGCUUGUAUAGCAGCUUACUUAUAGGUCCACAGUCUUGAUGUAAUAACUUCGGGGGGGG